AUGCGUGCGGGGGGCACGCACGCAUGUACGGGGGGUGCUGUUGUGACCCAGGCCCAAAUUACUACAGGCUACAAUUUAAAAGAUGAUCGUUGUGAAUGUGUGGCACUUCAAGAUUUUAAAGCUGGUGAACAGAUUUACAUUUUUUAUGGCACUCGGUCAAAUGCUGAAUUUGUGAUCCACAGUGGAUUUUUCUUUGAUAAUAAUUCACAUGACAGAGUGAAAAUAAAGCUUGGAGUAAGUAAAAGUGACAGGCUGUAUGCUAUGAAGGCAGAAGUCUUAGCUCGUGCUGGAAUCCCAACUUCCAGUGUUUUUGCUUUGCAUUCAACGGAACCUCCAAUCUCUGCUCAACUACUGGCUUUUCUUAGAGUAUUUUGUAUGACUGAAGAUGAGCUGAAAGAACACUUGAUAGGGGAGCAUACUAUUGACAGAAUCUUCACCCUUGGUAAUUCAGAAUUUCCAGUGAGCUGGGACAAUGAGGUGAAACUCUGGACUUUCCUGGAAGCCAGGGCAUCUCUUCUCUUGAAAACCUACAAGACUACUGUUCAAGAUGACAAAUUCAUUUUGGAAACACAAGACCUUACCCGUAACGCAACUAUGGCUAUUAAAUUGCGUUUAGGAGAAAAAGAAAUUUUGGAAAAAGCAAUAAAAAGUGCUACUGCUAAUCGGGAGUACUAUAGCAAACAAAUGGCAGAAGAAGCACCCCUUCGAUAUGAAGAAAGUAAUGUUGCCUUGCUGGAGAACACUGUGGCAGACUCGAGCCUCCCAAUUGUCCUGAGAAAUUUGGAUGAAGAGACAGAGGAGGGGGGAAAAAUAUCUUUUAUCUCAGGAUUCAAGGAGAGAAUCUUAGACCCUCAAGCUGUACGGAUGGCCGUCAAACCAAGCUACCCAUGCAGAAGACUCCUGGGCAGCAGAAGUGGAGAAGACCCUGAGAAAGGAAUCAAGAGCCGAGAUCUUCCAGGGAUUCUCCCCAAGAGCGGUGAUGAACUAGCUGGAGGCGAUGCCCUGUCUGUUGGGAAGGAGAACGUGGCAUAG